AUGUGCUCGCGCCCGCAGCACCCAUAUCUGAGGAAACACUGGCGGGUGCACAGCAGUGAGCGGCCGUUCACCUGCUCCGACUGCGGGAAAGGCUUCAAGUCGGCCCCAGAGCUGAAACUGCACAGGCGCGUGCACACCGGCGAGCGCCGCUACACCUGCGCCCAGAGCGGCAAGGGCUUCACCAGCUCCACCAGGCUGCUGUCCCACCAGCGCACCCACACCGGCGGACGCCCCUACACCUGCGCCCAGGGCGGCAAGGGCUUUAGCCGCUCCGACAACCUGCUGUCCCACCAGCGAGUGCACGCCAGCGACCAUCCCGUCCCCAGCCCGGUGUGUGGAGAGCGCUUUGCCAUGGCCUCCCACGCCCUGUCUCAUGAGCACGUGCACACCAAAUAA